GACAAGGAGAAGGAGAAAGAGAAAGCCACCGGGGAUGGCGAGACCCCCGUGGUGGGCGACCUCAGCCUGGAGACGGCAGCCAUCCCAGGAGAGGCGGACAACCUCCUAGACAAGAUCCUGAAGAACGCCCUGGCUCCAAAGGUCAAGCCGGAAGUGGCGAAAAAAGAGGGUGUCAAGAACGAGGUCAAGUCUGAGCUGAUCAAAAGCGAGGUGAAGACUGAGAAGGGAAUCAAGCAAGAGAAGUUGGAUGCUCCGGCAUUGCCCGACAUCGACGGAGCCGGGAGGCUGAGGAAGCGCAGCCGCAGCCGAAAAAAGCGGAGUCGCUCCCGCAAGAAGAAGGAUAAGAAGAAGAGGAGGAAGAGCAGUUCAAGCUCAAGAAGCCUCUCAAAGAGUCCUGUGCAAGCAGCCCUGGACGGCUUGCCACAGGCGCGCGUGGUGGCGGUACGUGGCCACUUUGCUCAGUAUCUAAGUCCGGCCGGUGAGACAUUCUACAAGAAUGUGCUCACGGGUGAGAUCAUUUGGUCUAAGCCCGGCAACUUCGACUGCCAGCCCUCGCGGCGAGCAGGCGAGAUGACUCCGGCUCCGGGCGAAGCUGCUUGCUAUAUCUUCCACAUGCCGCCGGAGUGGAGCGAGUCCGACUUGAUGCAGCUCUUUGCGCCUUUCGGCCAG